AUGCCCAAAAUAACAAUCGCAGCCGCCCAAUCCCGCACCCUCCCAACCCUCCCUGCCACCCUCUCCGCCCUCCGCCAAACAACCGCCCACGCCGCAACCCGCUCCAUCCACCUCCUCCUCUUCCCCGAAGCCUAUCUCGGCGGCUACCCACGCACCUGCUCAUUUGGGACAGCAGUCGGCACGCGCCACCCCGUCGGCCGCGACCAAUUCCUGGCGUAUUUCCAGUCCGCAGUGGAUUUGGGGGAUACGCCGGCCGGGGCGGGGGAGGACUGGGUUCAUCGGCGGUUGGCGGUUGCGGAGGGGAAGCAAUUUCGGGGGGAUGGGACGAGGGAGGAACUCGAGGGGAUUGCGAGGGAGACAGGGGUGUUUAUUGUUACGGGAGUGAUUGAGCGUGCCGGGGGGAGUUUGUAUUGUGCUGUUGUUUAUGUUGAUCCGGUGAGGGGGGUUUUGGGGAAGAGGAGGAAGGUUAUGCCUACCGGCUCCGAACGCCUGAUCUGGGCGCAAGGCUCCCCAUCCACCCUCAAAGCCGUAACAACCCACCUAAACGGUAUCCCGGUAACCAUCGCCUCCGCAAUCUGCUGGGAGAACUACAUGCCGCUCCUGCGGCAAUCGCUGUACGCCCAAAACGUCAAUAUCUAUCUCGCGCCCACCGCCGACGCACGGGAUACAUGGCUGGCGCUGAUGAGGACGGUAGCGUGUGAGGGGCGCACGUUCGUGGUAUCGUCGAACCAGUGCGUGCGGUAUUCGGAGCUGCCGGCGUGGAUUUCGUCGCAUGAUUAUGUUUGUCGUGGAGGUUCCUGCAUUAUCGAUCCGCAAGGCAAGGUUCUUGCCGGCCCUAUCUGGGAAGUCUGUACGGAUGAUGUCCCUGACUCUGCAGUCAGCACGGCUACGAAUAGCAUCGGAGGCACUGCGAUUGGAGACGGUCUGGUCGUCUCUGAGAUUGAUAUCGAUGAUUGUGAUCGUGGUCGACUUGACCUCGAUGUCGCGGGCAGUUACUCGAGAAAUGACGCUUUCAAACUGACCGUCGAGGGUUUGGACUUGAACCCCCCUCCUGUAUAG